GACGGUGUAUUAUUCUGUCGCAGGGUUAAUUAACAGCGUGCUGUCCAGUCCACUGCUGGUUCCCCUGAGCAGGCUGUCGUACGCAGUGUAUGUGCUGCACGUGCCCAUCGUCUGGUUCCGCCUCUGGACAAUCCGAGAGCGCAUUCUCAUCUGGUUCUUGCCUAUGUUCUACAAUGCCAUGGGCAGCCUCGUUCUCUCCUUCUUCGUGGCCCUUGGAGCAUCUAUCUUCAUUGAGAGGCCCCUCAUGGCCGCCAAAGACGAGAUCGUGAGUCGCAUCACGAGACCACGAAACCACAAGCCUUCGCCGCAUCCAGACGGACCUAGCAACAAGCGCGGCGGCAGGAGCGACGUCUUGAGCGAGACGAGAUUGCGAAGCCUGUCACUUUCGAGUAUAGCCAGCAAGCUCUCAUAUGCCAGAAUAUUCGCCAGGCAAACAUCAAAUACUGCGACGACACCUGGCUUUCAGAGCGAGUCGUGUACGGUCCAUCUCUGAUCCCCGCAAAAGCAGCUUACCGCAACGUGGCAGCUGCCGCGGCCCAAGAACAUGUACUUGAUAAGUGGAAAGUAGACCGGGUAUUGUGCUAACAGUGCCUUUUGUUUUCAGAGCAGCUGCGUAUAGUAGAGGUAGUUAAACUUUUCUUUGGGUGCGUGGCACU